AUGGCGACCGUGCAGUGCUCCAAAUGCUCUGCAGAAAGGAAAGGGUUUCGGCGGGAACUUGAUUCUUGGCGACACAAACUGAUACACUGCGUCGGUACGAGCCACGAUAAGUGUACUGUUUUGUUUAGAAAAGUGAAAGAUGGCGGAGAUAUUUCACCCGCUAGCAUAAGAAGCGCUAACCGGAGCUAGUCUAAAUUUCUAGCUCGAGCUAGCUAAACGACAGCUAGCUUGGUGGUCAGCUUUAAGGGUAGACUGAACCGGUUAGGCUAAUAUUUACCAGCUGGCUAGCCUUUCAGGCUGACUCCUUUCUUUGUCCCUCGGAGCUAACGUGCUAAUUUCCAGCUAGCUCAGUCGAGUGUUUGUACAUGACUAAAAGGAUGUCAUGAAACGUCUAUUAACAUAACAAACAAUCUGUCGCUAACUUAUUAUUUAAGCCUUGGCAGGAUUUGUUCGCUGACAUUUGCUGUAUGUUUUGUUACGCUAUUACCAUGAUUACAGGCUAUGCGCACUGUAGCGCAGCUAGUGUUGUUGCUUUGCUAGGACAGCUAAUGUCACUGCAACAUGAGAAAAGCAGAUUUGCUACUGGCCUCGGGUGAUGUGUUUCUCACACUGUUUGCUAUUUUAAACGGAGACUUAAAUGUUAGCGCAUUACCCUCUGAUCAGGGUAAAAUCACAAUCUCAAUUAAUCUCAGUACACAAGAUCAUCUAAACAAAGUGUUAAUAUACAUUCAAAGAAGUCAGUAAAGUGUUAAAGAGCAUUAGUUUAAGGAUUUUGAGCAUUGGAUGUCAGCUUUGAGGCGGUUAUUUAAUGACAAUCAUAAUUAAGUAGCACUUUUCAAAUAAGAGUAAUAAAGUGCUGUAUGAAUCAAAAAAGAGAAGAAAAACAACAGACAUAUAAGAGAGAUGGGUGAAAUAUGAUGACUAAAAUUUUUAAAAGCUUUCACAACAUAUUGAUGACUUGGUUAAAACAACAAAAAAUGUAAAAGCUGAGCUUAUGAUACUCCUUGGGCUCAGAAUAAAUGUUACAACAACGUCUGGAAAAAAACAUCAGCACUAAUGUGUUUUGAAAAGUGAUUUUAAAGUUGAUAAAGCAGUUGUAAUGUUGGUCUCCUCAGGGAGGUUGUUUUAGAGGGUGGGGGCUCUGAAAGAAAAGGCUCGGUCACCUUUGGACCUCAGCCUUGACUGAGGAAUGGUGAGCAGAGCCUUGGCUGAGGACCUUAGGUCCUGUGUAGUUGCUGUUGAAUUAUGUCGACAAGUACAAGCAUUUUAUGGGUUUCAAACCCAUUAGCAAAACAUCAACUACAUGGAGUGUGUGUAAAUCUUGUUUGCCACGAUACUCAAGUGUUUUUCUCUUGUCCCCUGCAGGGUUUGAAAGCAUUUUGGAGGGAAUCUACGGGCCAUUGCUGCUGAGAGAUCUUAAUUUAUUUGAUGGUAGGUGUAUGUCUUUAGUGCUGAAGUCUUAAGCAGACAUGCAUCAUGCAUAAUCAUAACUUGUAUCAAAAGAACUGUAAAAAAAGAAAAGUAAAUUCAUUGUUGAAGAAGUUGAAUUCUAUUGAAUAGUGUUCUUGACAUUUUGCUCCACAUGUUUGUUAAUGAAGUGUAAAGGAUACCUGUCAAUUAAACACACUGCACUAUACCACAACACCCACUGUCUUCAAUAAUGAAUGUAAAAUAAUUAUGUCAACAAAAACUGAUAAUUUAGAAGCUUCUUGAAAUAAAAAUUUGUAGUCAGGCUGUAUUGGAUUGGAUUCGAUUGCCCAGGUGUUCAUAAUGCUAUUGUUGGUAGGUUCAUUUCCUUAACUACCCCAUCUGUCUGAGCAAUGGCAGCCUGACAUGGCCUGGCCUAUCAUUUUACCCAAAGCAACCAGUCUAUUGUUAUGUUAACGAACAAAGGAUUAAACCAUUUUGUGAUAAUUAGCUCUCUUAUCUUGAAAUACUGAUAAGUUGGAGUCUCUUGGAAACAGUUGUAAGUUACUUGACAUUACAUAGAAGUUUGAUGCAUGGCAGCUUUGGGCUUCAGUUGAUAAUUAUAUGUUAAAAAUCUUGAUCACUUAGCUCAAUUAAAAUUUGAACAAAUAUCUGUGAAACUAUUAGAAUUGACACUACAUUGAAAUGACAGUAUUCUGUCGACAAAUACUCCAAUCAAUACAAUCCAUUGCAAUUCUCCCAAAAAGUAUUAGUAUUUCAGAUCAUUAGGUAUCCAUAUUUUGGUGCUAACAUGGGUAGAGUUUGCAUUCUUUUGAAUAAUUGUUGCCAUAGGUGGUUAAAUUUAUGUAAGUGAGUAAAAACAAUGGGUUGAAUUUCACCACAUCAUUGUUUGUUAUAACUAAAGAGGUUACCAUGCCAUUUAACACAAGCAGUCAAGCACAGCAGAAACAAACAUCAGGGUUGGUACAUGGCAUACUUACCCCAGACUGCCCCAGUUAAAUGAUAUUUGAUUUAAUAACUAAGUGUUUUAUUUGCAUUUGUAAAGCACCACGUGGCAAUGUUAAAAAAAAUCUGAGUUAGGAUUGAUAGAAACAAUUUUAACCAAAGCACAGAACAUCUUGUUGGAAGUUUCUGCCCAGUUCUAUUUUUCUAGGAUGAAUUUGACAUCCAGGUGGAGUAGACUAAUAGACUACACCACUCUUAUCAACUCCACAGGCUGGUGUAAUACAGUUUGGUGUAAAUACAGUUUAGCAUACACUUUGCUUAACUCAAUUUACAGUGUUAAGGCUUUCAUAAUUACUAUCUGGAUUUUGAACAAGGCUCAAAAUAAAGCAUUGAGUUGAUUGUUUACUGAGCUAGAAAGGAUCUCAGACUGUGCUGAAAGAGUUUAUUUUAAAGUCACACUGAUCUGAUCUUUUUAUUUUUAUUAGUAAUCAUCAGCCACAAUCUACUGUUCGCAACAAAAGUUAUCAAAUGAGUAACUGUUAUUUAUUUAAAAGGCAAUAAAAAUGUGAUUUUUAAUCCUUCUGGAUUUUACAGCAUGGUUGAGUUACAUUUGACAUAAAUUAUCUGGAGGUUCAACAGUGAGGCCAUUACAGUUAAUUUUCAAGAAGUGCAGCCUCGGAUAAGCUCAUUGGACAAAAAUCCAUGAAACAUGACUGCAAUUUUUUUUUACUUAAUGGUAGAGUUUAUGGUAGACCUUUUUUAUGCUGGCCAUCAGUAAUACUCGAAAAUUCCUGCACCUGAGAACAACUAUCAGAUGUAAACUCUAAAAAGCCAUACAGGCCUGUUAACCUACAAUAUAACACAAGUGAAACACCAAUACCAUGAUCCAAGAAAUUAAUGUGUUAAUUUAGUCAUUAAUCUAGGCGAAAGUGUAUCCCUCCAAGUGUUAUGCUAUAAUGGUUUGAAAAUAUUCUGCGAAUCGUAUGAUGAAAACUAAUGUCUCAUCUGCAAUGACUAUAAUGACACGUUUGGAAAAAUUAUUGUAUUAAAUAAAAAUCUGACAACAGAUGUUAAGCCGCUCGAUCAUUGAUAAUCCUUAUUUAUCCAUGCCUGUUCUGUGAUUUUGUGUCUUUCAGACUGUGAACCUGAAGAGGUAGAUGACUGGACGUCAGAUGCAAACUGUUCCCUGUGUUCCUUCUGCAACCUUCACCUGGACAAAAGUGUAAGACUGACUGUAGUUUGAAUGAACAACAAAAGCAUCUUAAGUUGGAGCUAGUUUAGUUGCCUCUGCUUCUGACACUCCACAUUUUAUAUCUAUAGAGUACUAAAAUAUAUUUUCUUCAGAUUGUACAAAAACUGUUAGUGAAUUUAACAUUCUCUCUUUUUCUUGUAGGAUCAAGUACCCACUGCCACGUCGCCUCUUUCCUCCCCCUCUGACUACUCUCCCUGUCAGGCUUCAACCAUCUCUGAGAGCAACCAGUCAGCCUACAGGUUCCUCCAAGCUGUGUUUCACAAGAAAGGUGAGUCUGGCGAUGACGAGUGUUAGUCCAUUUUGUUGAGCAAAGAGAAAAACUGCAUCUAUUUUGUACACUGUUGAGUCAGUGCUCUACGUCUAACUGGAUUCAACUGCCUUGGAAACAACAGAUUCGUAUUGCUGCUGAUGAGAUACUAUCAUAACCACAAACUAUAAAAUCUCCUAAUUUAUAAAUGGAAGCAUGUGAAACGUUUGUCUGUGUUUGAGGACUUUGGACUGUGCAGAUUAGAUAUCAAAAAUAACAAAAUUAAUCAUAAAUGGGCGCCUUAUUUUUGUGUCUUUGUUAAAACAAGUUUCAGAAAGUGAAAUGUUUUAAACUGGUGUUGCAUUGAAAUGAAAAAUCUUGUAUCAAAACAACCUUAGCUGGAAACCAAUGUAAGACAAACUUGACUGCAAACAAAAGAUGCCCCUCAUAUUGUUCCUUUCCCUGGAGGUUUCUGCUUGUUUCAAUAAUCCACUGUUUUAAUUUCCCUGCCAAUCUCGGCCUUCUUCAUCAGAUGUGUCCAUUGGCUGUGAUUCCAACAUCCCUCUGGUUGCCCAGGAGUUGAUGCAGAAAAUGAUACAUCAGUUUGCCAAGGAGUAUGCAUCCAAGUGCCUGCUCCACACCAGUACACAUGGUGUUACAACAAGGACCUCAUCACCUUUUUCAGAAACACCAGAUGCACCUCUGGACCUCACAGUGAGCCGAACCCAGGAAGAGAAGGAGACUGAAUGUGACCCUGGUACAAAACACAUCUAAUUAAUUCUGAAAUCAAAACUGAUACAAUUAUUCUUUUAAGUUUUUAGUCUCUAACAUUAAUGCUUGAUAAGCAUUACAUCAGUGUUGUAUUAGUAGCUCUGAAUAUAACCAGUUCAUCUACCGAUUUUCUGUCACAGAUGGUGCGCUCGACCUCUCAAAAAGAAACUCGGCCUGCUCAGAAUCUUCAGCGUCCAAUCACAAGGCCCCAGGGUAUGACUUUUCUUUUUACUCUGGUAAUGCGUUUAUCUUUAUGUUUGAUAGUUUUCAUGCCCUGUGGCAAAAACUCAAAGUAGCCCUACUUUUACUAUUAGCUAGAACUUAAGGGUUCUUUCCAAACAUGUUUACUUCACUUAUAACGUUGAAACAUCCAGUUAACAAAAUAAGUGCUGUGCAUUUUAGAUAGUCACAGUUUCACCUGCAUAGCUUAAAUUAAUUCAACUUAUUUACACCUGAAUGGCUAAAAUACUAUUCAUACUUCUUUUGGUUGUCAGCAAGUUGGGUGAGUUCAUUGUUAGAUAAUGGAGAGAUAGCAUGCACUUGGUAUUUUUGCUCUGUGGGGUUGACUCUUUUAUCUCUUGAGCGGUAACGUCACAACUAUGGCACCGUAUUUUAAUAUUUUCAAACAGCUCAGGAGGAGAUGAGGAGAACAUUGCAUUACUCACAAUGAUUGUACCUCCUUUUGUUACUCCAGUUACCAUGAAUUUGAUUAUUCAACCUUCAAGCAUGUAGGACUCUCACUAAAGGAUAUCACAAAACAACAGGGGUUGUGUGUGAGCGCCAAAGUUACCACAGCCAUUCACAGACUGUCCCACCUGGACGUGAAGAGGCUUUGCCACACACAAAGAAAGUGUGCCUGAGAGACACACAACAGCAGUGUGUGUGUGAGGGCCCAGAAACAGACUGAGCACAGACAGACAUGAGAAAAAAAAACAGUCGCAGUGAUGUUACCAACACAAGGCAUAAAGGAGUGGACCCCUCGCUCUGCACCCUCCCUCUGUACCCUUUGAAAAAACAAAACCCCUCCAUCACUCCCAUCCUGACCCUGCUGUUUGGUCCUCCCAUUCUUAGGAGGCAGCACAGGCAGAAGGAAGAGUACAUAGAGAGAAGCUUGGAGCUGUCUGAGGGGUUGCUGUCCAAAGCUUUGAAGGACAUACGCUCAGGGAGGCUGCAGGAGCAGCGGGCUGCGCUGCUCUAUGGAAUACCUCUUCACACCCUGAGGCAAGCUCUGGACAACUGGGCUGAGGGGAAAUCUGGGAUGUUUCAUCAGACUGCACCCAGAAGCAGAGACUUCAGGGAUGAAGUCACGUCGUACAAUGUGAUGUCAACAAUGCUAGGUGGAGAAGCCCGUCUUGUCCUGCAGAAAGUGGCAGCGUGGACAGAACAGGCGGAUAUUGGAGGAGCUGCAGAGGAAAAUGGAGUCUUGAGCUUCCCUUCGUCCUCUCUUCCUUUCUAUCAACCAAGCGGUCUACAGAAAACCCUCACACAAUCUUUCCCCCAGCUCAGGGAUGCCCUCCAGCCCCCACCAAGCCCCACUCCCAGUGUGGAGCCUCUCACACCCCUGCGUAUUCCUCAGGUCCGUUCCCUGUCUGACCACACAAGGUCAAUCCCAGUUGAAAAUUCUGAAAACCUACACCAACGUACCUCAUCAGUGGAAAGUACAACCAGUUCCACAACAGCAACUGCAAGACCUUCUUCUCUCUUCAAGCUCAGACCUCCCUUCUUACCACAUGGCUGUGCUGGCAUUACCGACCAGUCACCACAGCGCCUUGGACAAAGGUCCUCUUUGGAUGAUUCAGAAGAUGGGGCAGGCAUUCGGGAUAAAGACAAGCAACCAAGAAAGAAACGUGGGCGAUACCGACAGUACGACCACGACCUGCUGGAAGAAGCCAUCACGAUGGUAAUGGCAGGUCGCAUGAGCGUGUCCAAGGCCCAGGGAGUUUAUGGGGUGCCCCACAGCACACUUGAAUACAAAGUCAAAGAGCGCACUGGGACACUGAAGAACCCGCCCAAGAAGAAAUCUGCCAACUAUUAUUCCUCCAGUUCUGUCUCAUCUGGUUCUGGUACCUCCACUGGUUCUGCUAACUCAGGGACUCUUGCCUCAACUGCUGAAUCAAAGAGGUUCUAGACCACGAAACGCCUCUUGAACUCCUCAACGUUUCAACUCAUCACCUCUUACAAGAUAAAUGCUUUCUGGAGACAUUUAUUUAAACACAACACAUGCCUUGACAAAAUAUAUGGAAAUCAAUAUUCAGGUUUUUAACUAUGUGUCUGUACUGUGACAGUCAUACUUUUAGCUGAUUAACUCUAGCUUGGUCCUGGUCCUAGCAAUGACCCUACGAGGUACUUUUUUUUUUUUCAAAAAGGAGCUGUCUUCUCUGCAUCUUGCAACACUCCAAACCUGAAACUACGAGGAGUUUUUCACCAAAGCGUUAAGAUCUUUAAGGAUAUAGCUUACAUGACGUGAUUAGUUAUUGAAAUAUACCACCAAAAGACCACAACACUUGAGGGACUUAUUCUAUUGAUGGGUAUCAACUUUGAAACCAAAGCGUGAUCCACUUUUCUGUUUCCUAUUUGUAAGCCUGUUUACAGGUGUGCACUCUAUAAACAGUGAAUUUCUGAAAACAAAUUCCUUUUAUGGCACAGAUGUACAUGGGUGAUAAAUCAAUAACUGAAAAAAGACAAAUAUUCAAGGAUAAGUCCUAUAGUUGUUUCUGGUUUGUUUGGUAAUCAGGGGUUAGAACAAUACCAGCUUUAUCCUUAAAGACCUUUAGAAAGUUCUUUAUUCAUUUAGUUUUGUUCUUUUUUUUUUUUUUGCUAAAAAAGUGACUAAUUGUUAUGCAGCAAACUAUCCAGAACCAAGCAUGAGAAAAACAUCUGCGAACCUCUUAGAGCGGAGGAAAAAAGUGUGACUUUCACCUUUGCUAAAUGUCUGAUUAUUAAGGUUAUUCAGGUUUGACUUAUUCUUGAUGCUCCUUGUGGGCUUUGAUGAUUGUUAUUUGCAGCUUUCUAUCUCUCUCUGGGUAUUUUACCCGGGCAACUGAAGUGACUUACAGCCAUUAUAACAGAUUAAAAGCUCAUCGCUAUGAGUAUACACCUCUAAAACAGGGAGAAUGUACAGUUUAAACUGCUGUGUUGGCAACAGCCUCGUUUUGAGUUUUUGUUGAAGAGAUUUGCUUGAGAAAGCCAUUUUGUGUCUACAUAGUUUUCCUCUAUUUGUGCAAGCUAGUCUCAGUGUUUUGAGUGUAGUUGAAAUGCAACUGUUCAGCAUGUUUUAAAAUGUGCACUGAUAAGCUUGGGAAAUGUAUGUCUUGUGUACACGUAGUGUUUGUGAAAAAUUAUCUGUUUGUUUUUUUCAAAUCAGAUAUUUACUGAUAUUGCUCUUGUAGCUGUAUUACUGUAAACCUCAUACAUGACUGCUGCUUUAGACUUUAAUCAGCUGUUUCCCUGGCACAAAGAAGCGAACCUAAAACAGAGAAGCUAUUUUAAGUAGUAUGAUUGCAAAGUGACAUGCUUUAAAUUGUGUGGCACUUUAAUCAGUGAAUAAGAUUAACUAUCGUGAUGGUUGACUGUUUUGACUAUUGAAGGUCUAGCAGUAGUAGAAGUAGUAGUAAUUCUUGGUAUAAGGUUGACAGUGUGACAAUUACUUGAUUCAGCGCAAGACUAACAGGCCUCUUUGUAUUUAGGGAAAUGCUAAAUGUUGGAUCUACACUCAUGUCUGUCUUUGAGAUGGGCCUAUUUCCAUCAACAGUGCUACUACCAAAGCAGCAGUUCAGGGAUAACCCACUUAAAGCUGCUUCCAUUUGUUUUGCUGUGAUAUCAGUCCACCUGUCUCUCUCUCUCUCUUUCUAACCUCAUUGCCACAUAUACCUCUGAACUUAAAUUGCCUGUAGCCCAGUGUCGGAUGUCACACACUCUCUCGUAUGAUACUAAAUCUGCCAGGGUGUGAGCUCUUAUUGGCUUAGAAGCAUUCAUCAGCCUUUUUAAGUCUGAAGGAAUAACAUCUGAUGACUGGUUUAGACUAUAUGAUAUUUUCAGUGAUCAGUGUGUCAUAUUCAGAAAUUCAAGAGUCAAAUGCAUGCCAUGACUUGAAAGCGACACAUAAGCCACCAUGUUGGUCCCCAGCCAUACAUAACUUGUACUUAGAAUUCUGCACAAUGUUGUCAGAGCCGAAGUGGCAGGGACCGACUUCCGGGAGCCAGAAUGUAAACAAACAAACAAAGGCGUUGUAAGUGAUGUAAAUCAUACUGGCUGUGUUUCAUGCGUAAAUGCCUUACAAAGAGAAGAAAUCAUCACUGUGCACCAGCAACAUCAUUCCCUUAAUGCUUCAUGUUUACAGUUGUGCACAGAAGAUGGUUUGUGCUUCUACUUGUCAACUUCAGGGAACAGGUGGUGGAAUUGAUCAUGGAAGGCUCAAUGUUUCUAACUGUUCUUUUAUCUUAUGACACAUUGUGAAAUGUCUAACAUUUUUGUUUCCGUCUUGCAAUGUCUUUAAGGUCAUUGCCAGGCAGAUAUCACGUUGUCAGUAUCUACAAUCAGUGUAAAUAUAUUGGCAUCAACAAUGCUUCAAUCUACGUAGUUAGAUUAUUUAAGUGAUCCAGGUAGUGGAGUGAGAUUUUUUUUUAUAUACCAGUGGCAAUUACAGGAGGUCUGCCAUGUUCUUAACUACAAUCAGGAAGACGAAAUUCUUAGUGCAAGUAUUUGUUCUUGUAGUUAUAUUUGUACGUGUUAUUUGUUGUUGAAGCCUAAUUGUGAAGCUAUUUAAAUUUUCCUUCAAAGCUAUUUUUAAUCAGAUUGAUUUGAAUUUCAAUCUUUUAAACUCAACUAUACAAAUACUGAUGUCUCCUCACCUGAAUGUCUCUGCUCAAAGCAGAACACACUGCCUGUGUCUGGGGCUACAGCAUAGUGCAGCCUGAGCUCUACUCUGGGAAUAACCUGCUAUUUAUAUCAAAGGACUAGUUUGUAAACAAGCCUUAACACCUCAGAAAUAGAAUGGCGUAAUUAUUUCAUCGUUUAACCUCUUAUUGCAGUAUACUCUGGGAACACCCUUGGGCUUGUUUUCCAAACAGUAUUUUAGUCAUUAGUUGUGUUUUUGGACUGAGAAAACUAACAAGUCAACAGAGGCGUGCUAUUUAUGCAUACAUCAAUGCUUGCACUAUGAUUUAUGAAAAGCAUUUUUUAAUUUAGAAAUAUGUCUUGUGUUGUUGCUGGAAACUUAUUUAUUGAUUGUGCUUCAGAACUGUGAUUUUUAAAAGCUUGAUGUAGUUGUUGAUUUUUUUUCCAGGCACUUUGAUGCAGUGCGAAAUGUGUAUUUGUUAACUGCAUGAAAGCUUUGAAAGUUCUUUAAUUUAUAUAAUCCUGAAAUUACAUCCCUGACUAUUGUAGUUGUUUUGUGCUUAUGUUAAAAUAUAAUGAUUUAAGUGAUUAAAAAUUAGUUUGUAAUGAACUCAACAGUAACAUUACAGAAUGUAACCAUCUUAUACUGCAUCUGACCUAGUUUAGCCCUGAUGGGUCGGGGCAAAUAGCAGUACCUGAAUUAUCAAACACCUGAGAAGUUUCAAUGUUAUUACAUUUGAUGUAACAAAAUUACUCACAGGACCUGACAUAACAAGAACUGUUGGUUGGUUAAAACUGUAGAGGCUUAUUUAUUACAUUUUUUUUGUUUUGUUUUUGGAUGUUGGUUUGUUGGUGAAAGUGCUUUGAAAAAAUUUUUGAUUUUGGCAUUUCUACAAUCAGCCUUCUGCUCCAAGCAGAACGUUAUCAUUUACCUUCAACAAAACAUCAAUAAAACGGUUCUCUAAUCAUUUUUUGUCCUUAUUUCAACAAAACUGUCAUUUUGUGUUAAAAUAGUGCUUGCCGAUUGCCUUUCAAAGAACAGCUUUAUUGAGCUAGGCUGAUAAUAGCUUGUAGUGACAGUAACUAGUUUAGGAAACUUAUUCAAAGUACUACUACAUCAAACUGGCGGUGUGAUAGUUUGCAAACAUUUUAAAGAAAAAGGUUUAUUAGAUCUUUGAAUAAGUAAUUUGGUGCAAGUGAUUUUGUAGCUUUGAACAGUCAAUCUUGCUUGAAUCAUGAUUAUUUCCUUUUUUUUUUUUUUUUAAGUUGGUUGAUAGUAAAACCUCCAUCUUUUUAUUUUUGCCUCUAGCUCCCUUCUGCCAUCACUUUCAGAAGAACUGGGGGAUCAGAGACAGCGAGGGACCAAGUGUCAUCAGAGCUCUGUAUUGGAUUCCGUUCUCAAAUCACUCUGCCCAUCACACAGUUCCUUAAUCUACCAGAUCCUAAAGCUGGCACACCAGGAGAACUUGCUGACAUUGGUCAAUCACAGACCCCUUUGCCAAACUCAUUCUAUCUGCUGUCACUGUGGGGUGAACCCACACAAUAAUGUCAUCUGUAAUGCAGUCCCAUUAAGUGAAUGUAAAGUCCACAGCAGCUGCCGGUGCUACUCUUCAGUUGAUUGUGAACAUCAAGGUCUUGGAGGCACAAUGUGCAAUUCAAGAGACUCUAAUUGUACCAUCGGUCACUAUGCUAUUGCGGGCUGUAAACACGAAGCCCCUCUGUGCUCAAGCUGUGGCUGUGUGCAGAGCUGCAAGAUGGAAACUUACACUGUUCUUUGCCCCAAGAGGCCGCACUGCACUUCCUGCCACAGCCUGGCUCUAGGUCAUAUCAACAACAAAGAGUGUUCAUUUGCGUCCUCUCCCUCUUUGUCAAAACCUCCAUCCCUGUGCACUGCUGCGUCUAGUUCAUGCCCUUCUUCAUCGAUCUGCUGUAAUCAGCACAACCCCCGCCCUUGUCUCUGUUAUUCAAACCAUGUUUGUCCAUUGCAGGUUAGGAAUACAAUAGAAAGAGGGGUUGGAGAUGGUGAUCCUCCUUGCCCUGUCCUAAAGAGAGAGCAGACCCCCUCUCCACCACCUUUGUCUCCUAUCUCCUCAGACAUCAAUAAGAAAACUAAUGAAAAGCCACCCUCUCUCCUUCACCAUAAACAAGAAGAGGAAGCUGACCUAAUGCUGGAAGAUGGUGCCAUAAAUGCAAACCACCAGGGAGCAAGCAUUGACAGGAAAGGGGACCAAGAGUGCGGGUCCCCAACAAGUAGUUCUGGUGAGCAGAACCCAAGUGGGACUUCACUGCAAGAUGUGGUGAAUCGCUUCAGUGAGAAACUAGAGACAAUCAACCCUCUAGAAAAGGACCGACCUCUGGUUUCUACUGCUGAUAAUUCUUCCGAAAAGGAGCAGCCACAGUCUCCUUUAUCCUCUCAGAACUUGCAGUUUCAUGCUGAUUCCCAUCUGACUGAAAUCAUUACAACAGUCCUUCACACAGGUAGUGCUAGUGACUACAGUCUCAGUGAGCUAUUCAACCGCCAUGAUAGCAAAGAGCCAAAGUCACCCAAUACCCGAUCCCGCCGUCGCCAAGAAGUGCUUUCUGCUAUUGCAACGCCAACUGAUAAUGCUUCAACCAGGAGGCAAACAUUAAAAAUCAAAAGAGACCUUGCUAUGUUUGACCAGUCUUACAGCAGGAAAAAGCAGCCACCAGCCAAGAGGCCAAAAUUGAAAGAUGAGAAUGUGGCUGAUACCAAACUACAUACCUCAGAUUUGAACCACAUUGAAGAGGAAUCUAAAACAGAAAUUAAAAAUGUAAAACCCAUUGAGGAUAGUCGUUUUGAGGAAGGACUGACAAACUUCACAACAGAAAGUAUCAGUGUAAAGGAGGAGAUACAUGAAAAAACAGAGAACAAAGAAGUUCAAAACAUUGAGACUGAAGAGAAAUCAAGGGAUAUAUUUGCAGAGGAGAAGGAUUUAAUCUCUGGCUUUCAAACCCCUGAGGUGCAGAGCAAGUAUUGCAAACAAGGCUCACCGGAGGACCUUGUACAAAGCCAGGUUAUGCCAGUGAGUGCAAAAAUAGCAAUACUGGGUGGCAGGACUUGUGAAAAGCUUUGUGCAACAGGCAGUUCUCCAUCAGAUCCAACUUCUGAUAGUGACAAAACACCAGAUAAAGAUUGCCAUGGUCCUAGAGAGAAGCAAAUAUGUCAAACACUCCACACCAAGGAUUCAAGAAGAUCCAAGAGAAACAUUGUCCCUCCGCAGCGAUUCUCCUCCUAUGUCACAGAGCCCAGAAAAAUGUUCUUUGUUGCAUGUUUCUCUGAAAGCAUCUUUAGUGACAAAAGAAAGGAUGAUGUUUUGACCAGUACAUCGGCUACCUUAUCCAAAGAUUGUGAAAUGAAGGACACCCCAUUGGAAUCAAGGAACGAAUCAGGAAAGGAACCCUCUCAGUCUCCACCUGAUCUCAAGUCGAGGCGUUCAAAACACUUGGAUAAAAAGUCUACUUGCAUUUCCACAACCCAAGAUCUUCCACAGACUAAAGAAAAUGACUGUCUGACAGAAAACGGCUCAAACAAAGAGACAGAUGGAAAAGACACUGCUGCCAAACCUUUUGGAAGGCUAAGAUCAUCUACAAAGAGACAACAGGACUCACAGACUGUUUCAGGUUCUCCUGAAACCUCACCGCAUCAGGAGGUCAUCAUCACACCUGCUGCAUGUGUUGAUAGCUCUCUCAACUCCAAGGUCCAAUACACAAGUCCAAUAAAGCUCAUGUUUGUAUCACAAGUGAAUGACGAGGAAGGGGUCAGAUAUAGUCUCAAAUCAGCUGGUUCCAGUUCUAGUGGACAAGCAGAGGAACCUUUUGAUCCAUGUGAAGAGUCUUCAUGGUCAGGGGUACCUCAGAAACACAAAAGCCAGGACACAGAGUCUGGUACUUCAAGAGGAAAAUGUAUUUCUUCACCACUUAAGUCUGCUAAUUCACCAUUAAAGUCAGCCUAUUCACCCCCCAAAUCAGCUCCGUCACCACAAAAGAAAACCCCCUCACCAAGCAAGUCAACCCCUUCAACACGCAAAUCAACCCCUUCACCACGCAAAUCAACCCCUUCACCAAGCAAGUCAACUCCUUCACCACGCAAAUCAACCCCUUCACCAAGCAAGUCAACUCCCUUCACCACGCAAAUCAACCCCUUCACCAGCCAAGGUUGCCUCCUCACCUAA